UCUAGUGGUUCUGUUAUAUGCGUACACUGUUAAUUUUGGUGCAUCUAGCAUUUCUCUAAAAGUUACUGAUUUUUAGGAAAUUCACUAUUGAGAAGAAUCGGGUUUUUAUGAUAUUACAUGGCAUAAAGAAUAUGAGGAAGAAAGGUGGUAGGGAUAUCUUUUUCUAACAAUAAAUGUUCAUAUUAGAUUGUCACCCACUUAUGUAACCCACUUUGGAAUUAGAACAAGAUAAUCCAGGAUAUUAGAAUUGCCCUGUACUUCACAAGAUGAAUCAUUGACUCUAGGUACUCUGCUGGUGUAUGUUAUGGUUAUUACCAGAUAACUACUUGUGCAUAUCAAAGUGUAGGGUGAAUGAACUGAGGUGGCUUGUGAAGUACAUGCUUUGAAAUAUAUAGUUAUUAAUAAUUUAGAUUUAGGUUUAUUGACCUGGAAUUUAUGGUAUGGCUUUAGGGGGAAACAAUUAUAGAAUGAUUUUAUGGAUACAUAUCUCCCCAUUUUUUGAAAAGAAUGAAAACAAAAGUGGAAGAAACCUCAAACAGUUGUAUAAAUGUAUGUUUCUAUAAGCAAAGAAAAGCAGAAUAGACACCAUUAGGGGAGUGAAAUUUGGAAGGUUGGGGGGAGAUUACGUCUUUGUUUAUCUCUAAUGAUUUAAAUUGUGAUGGAAAAAACAAAGGGAACUGAAAUGGAAAACUUGAAAGGUCCAACAGGAAACAGUGACCUUAAUCUGAAUAGUUUUAGAGGACCAAGGCUGGCUCUUAAUUUCGAAACUGGUUUCUAGCAGAAAUCGGUUAAGUCAGGUCCUGAUCUGAUUUUCUGAGUGUGUUUAUUGUUUGAGUGGGAUGUGCACACUUGAUAAUCUCCUUGGUUAUAAAGCUGAUGCCCAAAUUGGUUAAAAUGUGUUGCUUGGUAUUUCUCUUUCUUUUGCUAAUAAGCUUUUCCCUUGUUCUGGGAAUUAAAAUCCUUUCCUCUUUAGCCCAAUUAAAUUUGUUAAGGGAGGGCUGCUAUGAAAGGCCCUUCUUUGAGGUAAGUGGAAAUGAUUGGUUCUGAAAAUUCUUCCCUCAGUGGCUUUUGGAACAUUUCAUAGAUAUUGAGGGCUUGCUAUGAAGGCUGUCUCAAUAUCUUCCCUCCAAAAUGCUAAGGAAUAAUUUAGGCAACAGUUCAGACUCUAAAAAUGAAGAUGGCUCGGUCUUUUCACAGACCGAACACAAUAUUGUUGCAGCUUACCUGAUUACGGCAGGUAUGAUAAGUAUUCUCAGCAACAUAAUAGUUCUGGGCAUCUUCAUUAAGUACAAGGAGCUUCGGACACCCACAAAUGCCAUUAUCAUUAACUUGGCUGUUACUGAUAUAGGGGUCAGUAGCAUUGGCUACCCCAUGUCUGCUGCUUCAGAUCUGCAUGGAAGUUGGAAGUUUGGAGGUGCAGGAUGUCAGGUUUAUGCUGGAUUGAAUAUCUUUUUUGGAAUGGCAAGUAUUGGUUUGCUCACAGUCGUGGCUGUGGAUCGGUACCUGACCAUCUGCUGUCCUGAUGCAGGAAGAAGAAUGACCACUAACACUUACCUCAGCAUGAUUCUGGGGGCCUGGAUCAAUGGCCUCUUUUGGGCUUUGAUGCCUGUCAUUGGGUGGGCUAGUUAUGCCCCAGAUCCGACUGGGGCCACCUGUACCAUAAACUGGCGGAAAAAUGAUGUAUCUUUUGUUUCUUACACCAUGAUGGUUGUUGCAGUAAAUUUUAUUGUGCCCUUAAUAGUGAUGUUUUACUGCUAUUACCAUGUCACUCGAUCCAUUAAACGUCAUGCUACUAGUAACUGCACUGAGUAUCUCAACAGAGAUUGGUCAGAGCAGGUAGAUGUAACAAAGAUGUCUGUGAUAAUGAUACUCAUGUUUCUUGUGGCGUGGUCCCCUUAUUCCAUCGUAUGCUUAUGGGCUUCUUUUGGUGACCCAAAGAAGAUUCCUCCCUCAGUGGCCAUCAUAGCUCCACUGUUUGCAAAAUCGUCUACAUUCUAUAAUCCCUGUAUUUAUGUGAUUGCUAAUAAAAAGUUUCGGAGGGCGAUGCUUGCCAUGUUCAGAUGGCAGACUCACCAAGCAAUGCCCGUGGCGAGUAUUUUACCGAUGGAUGCACCUCAAAACCCACUGACUUCUGGAAAAGUCUGAAAUAAGAGGAAAGCACACACUAUCAAGACGUUUUCUUUACUUUUUUUUUACCCCCAAUGGUUGAAUUUCAUUUAAAACAUGAGCCCAUUCCAAACAAAUGCAGACAUAGAAUAUUGUCUUAAUAGACUGUAGAUUUCUCAAGUGUAGUUUAUAAGUUCUUUUGUUUGUGCACUGGCUACUGUAGGGAAUGUUUUGCUAUUUCCUUAUAUGUAAACUUACUGCUCAUCUCCUUUGGUGAAUAGAGGCACAUAGGAUUAAGGCCUCUUCUCCUUCUCCCUAUCAUAGCAUGUAUCACACUGUAUCAGUGACCUGGUAUCUUGCCUGGUUACUCCAUUAGAUCAGAAGCAACUGCUGUUCUAAUGUUAGAAUAAAUUAAUAAUGAUAAUAGUUAAUAGUCUUUAAUAAAUAAUUACUGAAAUGAGUUGUUGGAUGUUCCAAGCUAGAAUGGAAACAUUUUUAGCAUUUCAUAAUUAAAAAUUUUUAAUGGAAUUGUUUACAUACUAUUUAAUAAAAAUAAUCAAAUGAAUAUUAAGCACUAUUGCUUUUAAAUCGCACCAAAGCACAUAUAUAUUUUAUGUAGCAAUAUGAUCUGUGUACAUUGUGUUCUGCAUUUUUAAUGACUAUUUUUAUGUGUAUGUAUUUCUAUAUAUUUGGCACUAGAAUUAAGUUUAAUUAGCAUGGGGGUGUUUGUAUGUGGUUUUUUUUCUAUCUUUUUUUGUUUUAUUGAUGAAAAAAUUAAUAGUCAGUGUAAGAAAGAAAUGGAAAAUUUUAUUCAACGCAACCUCAAGAUUAUAACCCAAGAGACAGUCUUUCAGAAAGCUCUGAGGUAAGGGGGGGAGACCAGUAUAUAGUGCAAUCAGGUACACAUCUUGGUAGAAUGUUACUGCUAUUUGCGAAGAGCAGAUAUCUUAGUUAAUGUUUUCAGUGCUUUUCUAAGUUUGGGAAGAUGAGAGAAACUGGGUUCAUAAAAUUUUCUCCUGAAAAUAUCUAACUAUGAGGGCCAGUUCUGCCAGUUUUCCCCAGAGAACAAAGUGCCUCAUCCUGAUCUUCACCCUGAAUUCCUUUCAGGGUGUAUUGUAGGUCAGUGACUGCAGCGGCUAACGACUUGAUUCUUAUAGAACUCCAUAGUGAGCAAUACCUUUAUUAUAUAAUCCCCACCUUUCUGGUCAUAAUUUCGGCCAAGGUUUGAGAGGCAUUUCGUGGCCAGUUUGUCCCACGAUGCUAGGAAUGCUCAUUCUCGGUCAGGCGAGGAUCUUGUUGGUAGACCACUCAGUGUGUUAUUACUGGCCUAGGCCCUGUUCACAGAAGCCAAACCUCUGGGCCGCCUGUGUUACUAGUCUGCUAUGGUCCAGGAACUGGUUCCCUUUUGUUGCUUCUUCCCAUAUCUAGAGUUACAUUAUUACAAUCAUUGAUCUUACUACAGAAAUAUGUAUUUGGCCAAUUGUUUUACGUUGUCUAGUCAUAAUUAUUUUUGUCAGAGUUUCAGUCACACAUUUAGUAAUGCAAGAAACAAUAAUCUUAUAAAAUAGACUGAAUAUAAGUAACAUAGCUAGUAACAUUAAUAAGGUCAUAAGUAAGUAUUUAAGCAAAGAACUUCCACUAGGUGCGGCCCAGUAUAUCCCCAGGUCAUCUAACCCAGGCUGUUCUGUACUAAUUGUGGAUCAAUAGUGGGCAUUUAAAUGGCUUCCAAUUCUUAGGUUUAUGGAUGAACUGCUGGGAAUAUUUUAAUACAAAUACCUUUUUGGGGGGGUUAGGGGGGAGAUUAUUCUAUUUGAGUGCUUCCUCAGGCUAGAAUUACUGGAUAAAACUAUAGAAACUGUAUUAUUGUUGCUAGCUUGCUCUCUGGAAGGACGGAACUAAUUUACACGACCACUACCAGUGAAUGAGUUCACUUUUCCCUUCAUAUUCCUGCCAGUAGUGCUGUAUCAAUUUUUUAAAACUAUGAGCUAUAUAUUGUAACAAGUUCAUUUUAUUUCACAUUUCCUUAACUGUUAGUGAGGCUGUGUAUCUUUGCAUGUUAUCUUUUAUCUUUUUUUUAUUUUUUUAUUUUGUUGCAUGUAAGUUGUCUCUUUAGCACCUUUGGCUACCUAUAAAGGAAAAUAAGGGCAUUAGUCAUAUAUAUAUAUUAUAUAUAUAUAUAUACACAACUGUUUAUAUAAUUGGAAUGGUAAACUGCUCUAAUAAUCUCUUCAUUUAUUUCCUCGUCCUCUGCCUUUCUCCACUGCAAUCAAUGCAUCAAGUUUAUAACUAGAAUAAUAUUUAAAAAAUAAAGUUCCAAUCCCCCAAAUCUUCAGCUCAAAAAACCUUCAGUCACCUGCCAAGUAAGUAUAAAUCUGUCAGUUCAGUGGGACCUUCAUGACUCUUCAACAUGGUCCCACAGGGACUUUUCAGCUUUUUGUCUUUCCCUUUGGCCAAAUAGAAUGUUUGGUAUUCCCAGAGAGCUCUGAGUAUCUUUGUGCCACUGGUUCUUUGCUUAUCCUGUCCCCUGUAGCUGAGCCGUUUACAGAGAAAGCACAGUGAGGGUAUGAGCCCAAAGCCACAGAACCAGUACAUGGCGGGGACAAUAUAUGUAAUAUUGUUUAAGAAAUUGUUUCAGGGUUCCAAUCUGCAAAGCCUUGGACUCAUUUCCAGCAAUAAGCAAGUGACAACUUUGCUUCAGGCAUUAAAGGACUUCAACAUUGUAAUUAUAUUUCAGGACUCCAUUGGUCAGUUAAUUUGCUUAUAUGAAAAGACUGGGAAGACCCAGCUUUG